CUCGCCUGCCCUGCUCUGCGCUCCCCCGCCGCGAGCGGUACCACGCAGCGGUCACGAAAGCGUCUCAGCCGCACGACGCCGUCGACCGACGAGGAAGCCCGAAAGUUCGGCGACGGUUGGUCUCUAGUCGUGUGUCAACGAGUGCAGGGCACCUAGUGCACCUUUGUGUGAGCACCUAGUGUCACUUCAUCAUCGUUCCGUGUGUCAUCUGCGUUCUAUUUGGAUUACUGUGCGUAGGCGAACCUUCGCAGUGAUUGCGCCGUGCAAGGCUGGACCGGAACAAGGGUUCGUCGGCGACUGCCCUCCAUGGAUUAUCGAGACGUCCGUGAGGGUGUGUGCGCGCCACCGUCGUGACGCUUUGCGCCGCAAGGCGCGUUGCGGCGUUUUCAAAGUUCGACGCGUACCGCUCGUGCAUCGACGAUGGCCCACAACGCUUCGACAACGCCAAUCUGCCGCUGCCGGGUCCUAUACCUAGGUUCGGCCGUCCCUCACAUCACCAAGGAUGGCCUUCAGGGCAUUCAGGAGCCCUUGCGCGAGCUCUACCCGGAUCAGGGGCCUGUUUCUGCUCGGGGCAUUGACUCGUGGCUCAGCGUGUGGAGCAACGGACUCCUUCUGGAGAACGUUGAUGAAUCACUACGUCAGCACGUGCGGUUCUUCCCUAUCGAAACGCUGCAUUACUGUGCAGCCGUGCGCCAUGUCGUGGUGCCGGGUUCGAGCGGCUCCGAACGCGUGGAGAAGUUCCUGCCACUGGACAGUCCGUUUGCGAGGCACGCAGGACCACAGCAACCGCCGUUGUUCGCGUGCAUAUUGAGGAGGACCACGGGAAUCAAGGUGCUCGAGUGCCACGCAUUUAUCUGCAAGAAGGAGGCCGCUGCCAACGCUCUCGUACGUUGCUGCUUCCACGCGUACGCAGACUGUACGUACGCCAAGCAGUUGGAAGAGAAUCCUUACGCGCUAGACGGGCCGCCGCGGCGAGCUCAGUCUGUAGUCGGCCUGGACACCGUGCAGAAGGUCGAAGCAUGGCGUCAUCAGCAGGCCGACCCUUCCACCAGCAACGGCGUGCCGCACGCAAACGGUGGUUCCAUCUUGCUCGACGACGACACGGAAGACGACGAAGGAAACUACAAAGUCUGGACUGGGCCCGCUCCCAGAGAGCUCGUCUACAUGGACACCAGCGGAACACUUAGGAGCGUCCAGUCAACGGCCACUGGGCUCAACAAGUCGUCUCGGCCCCGGCAGCUCGCCAUCCCGUCUCGACCACCGCCGCCACCGUUGCCACCACUUCCGCCUCCCGGCACGAGCAAGAUGAACGGUCAUAAGGAGAGCUCAAAGUCAAAGAAGAAAUCCAAGUCCAAGUCCUCGUCGAAUUCCUCCCCACAGCAGCAGCAGCAGCAGCAGCAGCAGCAGCAGCAGCAGCAGCUCCCACCCAUGCCACCUCCGCCUCACCUUAACGGGUACAGCGUCAUAUCGGGCUACAGCGGCAGCCACCCGCCGCCUCCCAUGAUGAUCCACUCGGAGCGAAUGCGCAGGCCUCCCGAGAGACCCAUGCUGUACAGCGCCGAGGAGCCCACGUACAUACCUGCUGUGCGAGCCAUGAGCCCGACCGCUUCAUACCAGCCAGGCAUGUAUCCACACGAGCAGUACUUCAUGCAGAACUAUAGCACGGCACCGCGGCCUCACGGAGGCAAGCACAGGGGAAAUGGCGAGCACCCGUCUUCAUCGAAGCCCGGCAAGGAGCACCGGCGCAGCAACGGCCACCAUGAUGACUCGGGGGGAGGGGACACCGACUCUCCAUUCAACACGGGCAUCUAUCGCAGGAAAGGCCACCUAAACGAGCGCGCCUUUUCCUACUCCAUCCGGCAAGAACACCGAUCGAGGUCCAACAGCUUGGCCAACCUGCAUUUUCUGAAUGGCGGACCCGAAGGCAACGGUGAUCCUGGACCUUCCGGUAUGGACAAGAAGGAUAGGGAGCUCGCUCAGCUCGUAGGCGAUCUGGACUUAAGGGACAAUGGUGGCUACGGAGGCCCGUCUCACAGGCCAGUCACGCCGGACACAAACUUUACCAGAAAGAAGGCCUCGUCCAAGAACUACGCUUGGUAAAAAAUAAAGAAAAGUGGGACAAUUGUGUUGGAGUUCCACAUCAAGGCACGUUCUCCAUCCACUCCUCAUGGAAGAUUUGUGGACUGCGCACUCAAUCGACGCAGAUCCUGGUGCACUACUGCUGGAUGGAUGCCAUGAUAAGCAACCGCUCGGUGCUUGUGUGCGAAGUGCCACUGUGUCCUCAGCGUGUGCGUUUUUUUCUUCGCUUGUUGUGCUUUUGUGUGACGUACUUUACCUGACAGAGUAGCACCGACGCCGGCUAAACGCACAGAGGUGUGCCGAAAUGGAUAUACGCACUAUCGGUGGAUUGCGCCGCCCAGCCUUAAGGUGCCCAGGUGAUUAGAUUCAUCGCUGGUGAUCCUUCCUGUGGUACUGCCCACGGAUUCUGCUGACUUGUUCCCCGGCUACGAAUCGGCCAAGCCACAGGCUUAACAUAAUGCGCUGUUUUUUAAUCACAGUUGCUUUAUUUCUGUGCCGCAAACAAAAUUCUGGUUCACUUGAAGGCGUCGCGAAUCUUGAAGACUGAGGAACACUUCGUUGAGCUUUUGUUAUAUUGUAACAUCCGACAGCCUGUUUUGUUCGUGUGUGUCUGGCCAACUGACCGACUUUCUAAUACUGUGUGGAUGUGCUAGUGAUUCAUGAAAUAACCCUGAAAAAUAGUAAGACACUUCCUUGAAACCAGACUGGUCACAUUUCCUGACGCGUUAUUCAGGGAACCAAGCAACUGCUGUGAGCUAGAUGGACCUUCGAGCGCAUUGGCUGUUCAUCGAUUACUGAAUGUUCGAGCUCGGAAGUGUAGGCUGAAUACCUAACAGUCAUUGAUAACGUAGCCAUUGUUUGAAGGUGAUCAUAAUUGCUUUUUUGCGUUUUAUUUUCUUUGCCAUCGAACGCAUAGGAACGAACAGAAAGACGCCGUGAACAAUCUUAACGUCUUAUUUCCGCCAGGAAACAAUUAGAAUACAGUUGUCAUCUGCAGUCCCACUGUAGUCGCGCCGACUGAUUUCGUAGUGAUUCUGAGCUAGCAUUGAGAGCUUCGCUCAAAGCUCACAUGAUCGCUUACAAAUUGAUUGCGAUUUCAUCUGAUCAAGGUCGAUCGCUAGUCAUUGGUGGAAUGGCCCAGCUAGCACUUCAUUGAGAAUGAUUCGUUGUGAAAGAAGAAAUGUGCAGCAUAUUGACUGCUGAAGAGAUAGCUUGACUCUUAGAUGUCCUGAGAUCUAAGAGUGCUCUCGGUGUGAUGGCAACGAAGAGUCAUGUGAAUGCGUACGCCUGAUUCAGGAGGAGCUGGCUAAGUUGAGACGAGAACAGAAACGUUGUAUAGAAGAUCGACUGAACUGACGUCAUGCGCGCUUAGAGAGGGGUUGUGACAUGCAGCCAUUUUGUUGGCUACUUUUCUGCAACAUGUAGCAUUGUAGAAAUUUAGCAAUGGAUUAAUACUUAUCGACACAUGUACUAGUUUUAUUUCGAAAGUAAGAUUGCUAUCAAUCUGUUUUCGAUGGUGCGUGUCAUUGCCGUGAUCCCAAAACUCUGCAUUAGAGCUAAUAAGUAUUACAGUAAUGCAUCAUACUUCAAUGGCGCAUUGGCUUUCGUUGUCGAUUCAUAUUCCGAAGAAAUCCACAAUAACUUUUUGUCUUGAGACGUUAUAAUAACUAAGCUGGAUAGAAACACGAACAUGAACAGUUUCUCAGCAAUGCAUGACUGUUAAUUUACAGGAAUUAUGAAAUUCAAAUAAUAUGCCACUGCUUUCUUCUCGAGCUAACUUUUCAAGGUUCACAAUCGAGAAUUUUCAGUUAUGUGGACAGCAGCUAAGCUGAGUACUGCCUAGCCUUGCCAAAAAAAAAAAGAAAGAAAGAAAGAAAGAAAGAAAGAAAGAAAGAGCGCUCGAUGGCUGUAUUCGCGAACUGUCAUUUUCCUGUCCACUGCUUCGAACUCUUACGUCGCCAUUCUGGGCAAUUGCACUGCGGCUUGCGAAUUUUAAAGAACAUUUCAAGAACUAGGAGCAUGACAUGUGAUUCGCCAAGUGAUUUUAACGCUGCAUUGACGAUGUACUUCAUGACAUGCUUACUUAUUAGAAAAUCUGGAAGCUUUCGACGCCACGCAGGGACAACGCAUUUCAAGGAAAUGCGCCGAAGCAUCUACGGCUGACGCACGUUAGGAAACUUAAGACAGGCGACAGAACUAUUAAAAAAGACAGAGGUUGUAACUCUUAAACAAGCUUUGCUGGUACCAGCUGAAAUGUGCGGAAACAGCAAAUCAGGCAUACCAUUUCAGAAGCUUUUCGAAUGAAAGAACUGUUUGUCAAUGGCUGGGCGCCCUCGCGAAUAAUUUAUGCGGUGUUACAAUAGGCCGACGGCGACAAUUUACGAAGUCCUGGAGCAUACUAAAAGCUUCGCGAAUAUGGACCCUACAUUAUAAUUAAUUUUAACCCUGACUGCCAUUAUAGUCAUUAUUCGGCACUGCAUGAAGCAUGCCCGUGGCAUGGUGGAGCUGACCUCCACACAAGCCACUGCGACCGACAAUAUUCUGUUUUCUUCAUUACUUUUCAAACAUUUCCCGAAUUUCCUGCUUCUAAGGACGUUUGCAUCCGCAAGCUUACAGAUUUGUGGCUCCAGAACGCGUUUCCGCUCUCCGUCCCACCAGCUCAAGGGCACUUUUAUUAGCUUUUCUUUCUUUCACGUUGCUAAUUUUACUCUUGGGUGCAACGCUCGAAAGCGCGGAUCCGUUUGAAAAUACGUGAGCCGGCCAUAAAACUUGGAAGAUAAAGAUUACGAGGUCGGCCCGAAAGAUAGAGCUUUUGCCAAGCUUCUACCGGUUUUCGCACUAAAAUAACCUUCAGCUCUAUGGGCUUAAGGCCAGAAGGAGCCUGCGCAAGCGUUUUUUACAACGGGUGACCCACACCAUGGAAUGCUAUAAUGCCCGUAGUUUGAACAUAGGAAAGCUCAAUUUUGCUCAGGCUACAGCUUGUACUUAAAGCGAAUGUUCACAGUUAUGGCUGCAGUGCUGAACGAACAGUGCGUCUUCACACUGCUCGUCUAGCGACGAAACGCGUUACUUGGCGGGUUCUGAAAUUACUACUACUCAGGAACGAUAUAUACUUCCAAAAUUAAACGACCACGUCAUUAUCAAACUGUGUAGCAAAAUACGGCAAACUCACUAGAGUGUAUCGCAUUUUUGCCAGGCCUCGAGAGAAUGGCACCGAAGAGCUCAAGACUACAUCUCGUAAUGUCGGUGAUUGUAACCUUAUGGACAGGUUUCAGCGAUUCAUUCGGUAAUAAACGCUGCUGCUUACUUAAUGACUGAAUGCUUUCGUAUAGCGUGCUGGGUACUUCGAUUGUAAAUCCGCAGAAGGCAUUGCACAUGUUGUGGUCUUUUCUUACCGAGCUGAUGGCGUAAAUUGAAAAUGCAUGCCGCUUAACCAUUGAAGCAGGUCUUUCAUUGAGCACUUUACGUAGGCUGGUUGUGUUUGUUUGCCGAAGUUACGACGGAGAAAUUGUACUUUUUUUUUGUCCAGCCACUGAGGCACAGCAGCUUCUAACGCGUCAUUAUGCGAAACAUACCCCGACAGUAAGUCGGUCCGGAAGGCUCCAGGUUUAAACACGCAUUGUCAUUUAUUGCAUUUUUUUAGGUGGUUAUGCUUGCGCUAGCAUGCAGUGAGCUAGAACAUUGGAUGCCGUUAUAGAACUCCGUGCUUUAGGUGUCUUAGCUCGCCAUGCUCUAUUUAAAAUGAAGGAAGGUGUGCUUGUUAAGAUGCAAAGUUAUGAUUCCUUUUGGACUGCUGUGAACAUUGCGUCUAAGCAUGGCCACCUGCUAUUAAUUUCAAUGGGAUUCAACGCAGCAGGUUCCUUUAAUAUGCUGCGUUACCUCUAUCUCUAGAGGGUAAACAACUCUCAUACUAAUCGAAAACGAUUCGAGAGCUGCUGUCUUGAUACAACAGUUCUCGCUAAUCCCUUGCUUGUUACGCGCGACGUAAAAAGUACAAACAAAAUUAAAAUUUGCAGCAAAGUGAUAUUCGGUUGUCGUCAUGAAUUUCGUAAAAUAAACAGAAUUAGCGACACAGAGAGCUGGGCAAAAUUCGUUGUUUUUAUUGGUAAUCUUUCCCGAAAUUACCAUUGAAUUUCUUUAGAUGCCCAGAUUGUUUCACAAAGCAUGAGUGACGAUCGGUGCUUUCAUUGCAAUUGCACGGGUAAACACCUGAUCUGACUGGCAGUCUUUCAUUAAACUAUAGGUUGUUUUCUUGAGAAAAUUGUAGCUUCAGAUGAAGCAGUUUCAUGAAAAUCACGAAACUGUUCCAGAAGUGCCAUCCCUGCCCAUUUUGUGUUUCGAGGAGCUUGAAGAUGUCCUUUAUCAGAAUUGCUUCUAGCGCUACUAGAUAUGCAUAAAUUUCAAGGGACGGUCAUUGCACAUUCAAGGAAAUGUACUAGUAAAACACAUUUUUGUGUCUUGAUGUUGAACCUUUGAAGUUCUCAUGGAGUCCGCUCUGUCAUCUACCUUUUUCCUUGAACAUUGUUGAUGGAACUGUGUUUCUUUGUUGUUUGCAUGUCGUCAUAAGGCGGCCAUGAAGUUUCUUAACGGUAAUAUUGUACGAGCAAAAAAUGUGGGACAUAUGGUAAGAAAAGUUCCGAAAACCGAAUGAGUGCUCUCGCAGCUCGAAAUACGAGUGAUAGUUUAGUUGUGGAUAGAAAACGAUGGACAAAAAUUUUGGGCUACUGAACAUUCCCCCACGGGGAAAAUGUGGGAAAAGUUGUGCGAAGUUUGAACGGCUUGUUCUUUCUGCUUUUCGUUGUUGUGUUGACGAUGCAUCGACUUGUACAGCCCGAGCAAGACCUUUUUGUGCAAGAAUGUCCUGCUCUGUUGUUAUGCCGAAAUAAAACUGACAGUUCCUGGUCAAAAAGAA